AUGCUCCCAGUGCGGGGGCGGCGGGUCCCGGUAGCCUACGGAGGUGCUGAUGGAGCUGCGGUGGCAAUACCAGUUCCGGGUGAUCAUGCUGGGGGACUCGACGGUAGGGAAAUCCUCACUGCUGCGGCGCUACACCGAGGGUAUCUUCCUGGAUGCUGUCAACCAGACGGUGGGGGUGGAUUUCUAUGUUCAGUUCGUGGAGCUGGAGCCGGGGCUGCAGGUGAAGCUGCAGUUCUGGGACACGGCUGGGCAGGAGCGGUUCAGGUCCGUGACUCGCUCCUACUAUCGCAACUCGGCGGGGGGGAUGUUGCUCUUUGACCUCACCAACCGUGCGUCCUUCGAGAGCAUCCGCCGGUGGCACCGGGAGGUGACAGAGACAGUCCAGCCAUUCCGCAUGGUUUUCUUGCUGGUGGGGCACAAAAGCGACCUGGUGGGGCAGAGGCGGGUGGGCAGGAGGGAGGCAGAGAAGCUGGCAGCCUCUCUGGGGGUGCAGUACGUGGAGACCUCAGCCAAGGACGCCAGCAACGUGGUCCAGGCGUUCCAAACACUGACACUGGGCAUCUAUCAGGCACUGCAAACGGGGCGGCUGGUGGCCAGCGAGGCAUGGGACGGGGUGAAGAGCAGCAUCCCACUGCCAUGCAAGGCUGCAGUGCCGGAGAAGGAGGAGAAGUGGAAGAGAUGCUUGUGUUAGAGCUGGUGACUCUGGGAGGGAUGGGACACCCCACCACGAUGCACAAGGGAUGAGGCAGAGAUGGAGCAGCAAGCGCGGAUUAAACACCCUUGGUCAUCUCUC